CUUCAUUUUGUCACGUGCAGUUCACGUGUUAUAACCCUAGCCGGCCUCAGAGAGGAACCAAAGAAGCCGAAACCGAAGCCCUGGAAGACGAGGAGCAACGCCAUGAACCUCCAGGUCCAGAAGAACACCCUCUACGUAGGAGGGCUGGCGGAGGAGGUGAACGAGGUGAUCCUGCACUCGGCAUUCAUCCCGUUCGGGGACAUCAAGGACGUGAAGACCCCCCUGGACCAGGCCACCCAGAAGCAUCGCUCCUUCGGGUUCGUCACCUUCCUCGAGCGUGAGGAUGCAGCCGCUGCCAUGGACAACAUGGACGGCGCCGAGCUCUACGGCCGCGUCCUCACCGUCAACUACGCCUUCCCCGAGCGCAUCAAGGGUGGCGAGCAGGGCUGGGCCGCCCAACCCAUUUGGGCGGAUGCUGAUACAUGGUUUGAGAGGCAGCAACAAGAGGAGGAAAUGCAGCGUCUGCAGGCAGAACAGCAAGCUGCCAUGAAAGCAGCAGAGGAGCUGCACAGGAAGAAGUUGGCUGAAGAACGAGAAGGGGAGAAGGAAGAAGAAACAGAAACAAAGGCAGAUCCUAUGGCUGUGGCUGAAGCAGAGGCCUUGAAACAGCAGAACGCUUAAGCUAUCUAAACUCACGUUGAAGAAGACCAUGUGGAAAGAUAAACUUCUAUGUGCUGCCUCCUUGUUACUGUAAAAAAUUGAGGCCCUUUCAUGUUUUCUUCCUGUGGAUUUUGUCAUUACCUACUGCGCAUUGUCAUUACUUGCAUUGUGAUUUUCUUGGUGGUGGUUGUUUUAACCUAGAAAAGUAAAAUUGUUGAUUCUGCAGUUGAUAUUUUGCCAGAA